AUGAAUAUUUGUUUCCAGCGAGCAAAGCAUGAAAGAGUACGCAAUCUUGAAACUCUCUCCGCCAUUGCUUUCUUCUUUGGUGGAACAGUUGGAUUUCUCUACUUGCUGCUUCUACAGAGAUCAGUAGAUGAACUGCAAGCACCAGGAUCGUCUUCCUCAUCCAAAAACUCCAAUCAAGUCCUCAGCGGAAGACUCAAGAUUCCUGUUUUAAGCCUCACAUUGGUCGUAGGAUUGUCGCUUUUAGCAGUCAGAGGUUACUCUGGAGAAGGUUCCUCUGCAUUUGCAGUCACUCCUAGAGAGAUUCCGGUGGGGACUUUGGGGUUUCUUGCGUGUAAAGUAGCCGUUGUUUUGGCUGCGUUUAAGCCUUUGAAGGAUGUGUCUUAA